CGCAGGGGUGGCGCCCGGCGGAGGCACGAGGUGGGGCGUAGCGGCCGUGGAGCAGGGCGGGGCAAUCGCUGGGCGGGCACCAAGCAGCCUGGAUCGUUAGUGAGGUGGCGUCCGUCCUGCCCGGUCUCUCCUGUUCCCGGUCAUGCAGAGCCCAGACUCGGGCACCUGGCUGCUCUGAUCUGGUCUCGGCGCGGAGGGAGCAGAGGGAGUCCAUGGCGGAUCCCUCCGAGCCUGGCCGGCUGGCGUCCGCGGACGACGGGAGCCCGGAGGAGAACGGAGAGCGGGAGCCGCUUCUGCCGCGGAUCGCCUGGGCCCACCCGCGGAGAGGAGCCCCAGGCAGCGCCGUGAGGCUGCUGGACGCCGCCGGGGAGGAGGGCGAGGCCGGUGAUGAGGAGAUACCGCUCCCGCCAGGGGACAUGGGUGUCUCCCGGAGUUCGCCCGCUGACCUGGACCGGAGCCACCCUUCGGGUUCAGUAACUACUGGUACUUCAGAAAUGAAUGCAUACUUGGAUGACCCAGAAUUUGCUGAGAUUAUAUUGAGAGCAGAGCAAGCAAUAGAAGUUGGAAUUUUUCCAGAAAGAAUCUCUCAAGGUUCAAGUGGAAGUUACUUUGUGAAGGAUCCCAAGAGGAAAAUUACUGGUGUGUUUAAACCCAAAUCAGAAGAGCCUUAUGGUCAACUCAAUCCAAAAUGGACCAAAUAUGUCCAUAAGGUCUGCUGCCCUUGCUGCUUUGGCCGAGGCUGCCUGAUUCCUAAUCAGGGGUACCUUUCUGAAGCGGGUGCCUAUCUUGUGGACAAAAAGCUUCAUCUGGGUAUCGUACCUAAAACAAAGGUGGUUUGGCUUGUCAGUGAGACAUUUAACUACAAUGCGAUUGACCGUGCAAAAUCAAGAGGCAAAAAGUAUGCUUUAGAAAAAGUGCCAAAAGUGGGUAGAAAGUUUCAUAGGAUAGGACUCCCUCCUAAGAUUGGUUCCUUUCAGUUAUUUGUUGAAGGUUACAAGGAGGCUGAAUAUUGGCUUAGGAAAUUUGAAGCUGACCCUUUGCCUGAGAAUAUUAGAAAACAAUUUCAGUCACAAUUUGAAAGAUUAGUUAUUUUGGAUUACAUCAUCAGAAAUACAGAUAGGGGCAAUGAUAACUGGUUAGUCAGAUACGAAAAGCAGAAAUACGAAAAGGAAAUUGACCAUAAGGAAUCAAAAUGGAUCAAUGAUAAAGAAUGCCUUAUUAAAAUAGCUGCAAUUGAUAAUGGUCUAGCAUUUCCUUUUAAACAUCCUGAUGAAUGGAGAGCAUAUCCAUUUCACUGGGCUUGGCUUCCUCAAGCAAAAGUUCCUUUUUCUGAAGAAAUAAGAAACUUGAUUCUACCAUAUAUUUCCGACAUGAACUUUGUGCAAGAUUUAUGUGAAGAUCUCUAUGAACUUUUUAAGACUGACAAAGGAUUUGACAAAGCCACUUUUGAAAGUCAGAUGUCUGUGAUGAGGGGUCAGAUCUUAAAUCUUACUCAAGCAUUGAGAGACGGGAAAAGUCCUUUCCAGCUAGUACAGAUGCCUUGUGUGAUUGUGGAACGCAGUCAAGGUGGAAGUCAGGGUCGGAUUGUCCACCUGAGCAAUUCCUUUACUCAGACUUUCCAUUGCAGGAAGCCAUUUUUUUCCUCCUGGUAGUAAAUGUAAGAGUAAGAUAAACAAACUGUUUAGAAUUAUUGUGUUGUUAUUAGGAACUCCAGUUGCUAAAACCUCAAAUAAUUUAAGUCUUUAAAAGGUUAUAUUUUAGAUGUAACCAAAAGUUUACAGUUUUUUGUCCAAAUAUUAAAUUUCUGUUUCAGGGAAGAAGUGCUGUAUCUCCUAUAUUGCAUUUUUGUAGAAAACUUGUAUUUUAUAUUGUUGUUAGUUUAAAAGGUAAUUUUACACGUGCUGGAAUGACUGUAAUUGCUCUAGAAUUCCAAGUAGAACACAAUAACUUAAUAUUGAGAAGAAUGUUCAUGUUAACUCUUCUUACCUUGCAAAGGCCUUUGAGGAUGCCCAAGUCUGAAAUUGCUCUUAUGAACUUUAAUAAAAUACUUAGCUAAUAGAAAAACAGGUAAGAAUAAAGCAAUGUUGCCUUAAUUUUAAAAGCUGCUAUUUUAGAAUUUGAGUAAGUACUCCUAAAGUGACUGUGAUUAGGGACCAGAAAAUCCUAUGUUGACUAAGUAAUAGAGGACCAUUCUGGUUUUUGUACUUCAGAGUAUCUUUGGUGAAUUACUUUGUUGUAGUGAGGAGAAAAAUCUAAAAAAAAAAAAAAAUGGAAACACUCAAUUGAGACUUGAGGGGAAUAAUAGAAAGUUAAGGUAGAUCCCCAAUAUUUUAGAAGCCAAAAUUGCCGUAAAAAUUCCCUUUUGUUUCUUACAUGAGAUCAAGUACUUGAGAUUAAUAGUUCAGAGUACUGGCCUUGUUCAAUUUAGUACUUCAGUUAGUAUUAAACUUGCUGGAGUAAGCCAUACUCCGAACUAUAUAUUGGAUUGCAUUUUGGGGUCCUAGGUCAUAAGUUCUUCAAAAUAAUAAUUAUUAUUAUUGUACUAUUGUACUUGAAGUUGCAGAUGUUAUUAUAAUUAUAGUCCACUGUAGACUGUAGGGUCAAAUUAAAGGGGAGCAUGGCAGAUAAUCAUAAAGUUAUUUAUAUUUGAUUUUGAAAUUUAUUUUUGUACUUUGUUUUGAAUAUCAUCAGUAUGUCUGACAUUCUUGAAAUUUGUAACAUUGUUAAUGCAGUAAGUGAUUUAAAUUGAACUGAUGAAGGUGUGAUUUUACAGAAGCAGAAGUUUCAUUUUCUUGAAGCUUAAAACCAAUCUCAUCACUCAGGCUUAACCAGGCAAUUUGUGGUCUUGGCCUUUUGUUUUCUGAGCUUACUGUCUUGUGUUUGUUUUGGUUUUAAUGAAGUAUUUUGUGUAGAAGGUAUUUCCUGAAGGUUAAAUUAGGAUGCAAAACAAAUCUGCCAUUCCCUCUUCCAUUACAUCUUUCUUUUUUUCUUUUUUUUUUUUUGAGAUGGAGUUUUGCUCUUGUUACCCAGGCUGGAGUGCAAUGGCGCGAUCUCGGCUCACCACAACCUCCGCCUCCUGGGUUCAAGCAAUUCUCCUGCCUCAGCCUCCCGAGUAGCUGGGACUACAGGCACGCGCCACCAUGCCCAGCUAAUUUUUUGUAUUUUUAGUAGAGACGGGGUUUCACCUUGUUGACCAGGAUGGUCUCGAUCUCUUGACCUCAUGAUCCACCCGCCUCGGCCUCCCAAAGUGCUAGGAUUAUAGGCGUGAGCCACCGUGCCCAGCCGCUACAUCUUUCUUUUGGUCUUCGUGGAUGAGAUGAAUGAGGAUUCUGCUGCCUUACCUUGAGGGUGUUCACUGGAAACCUGGGUUCUCUGACCUCUUCCAACCCUCCAUUAGCUCGAUUUUGAGAUAAUGGAAAAGUUACUGGAAAUUCAAAACUCAGACUACUAUCUUUAGAUAAACACUAGUAAUUAAAAUGUGCCUUUUGAAGAUGUUUUCUAAGAGAAAGGAAAUAAGUUGCAGUCAUGUAGGUACUGCUUUCAUAAACAGUUUUUUCAGUAUUUUGAGAAUUGCCAUAUUAAUUUUUAUAAUGGAAAACUUAAUAAAUUGUUACUGUUUUAUAUCAUAAAAUUAAAAUACUCUGGAAAUACUCAUGAAAAGUCUGACCAUACCAGAAAAGUAAAGUUGGGAUAGUUAAGAUACAAUCACAAGUGAGAGUACAUUGGUUGUAUUUUGUAAACUUUCAUGAACUGAAUUCUUAUUUAAAUAUUGUGGUUUUUUUCAAUAAGUAUAUUUAUAGUGUUAAACAUGGUAGACUAUAAGUAAUAAAAAUCAUUGUCUUAA